GAGGUCGGAAGUCUAACAACGCUAUGCAGCAGCACGGCGGGAUUUUCUUUGCAGUUUAUGGCUUAUUUGUGCGAUUUUCUUGCUCAUUUUCUUAUAUGCGUUACGUUUUAAAUCUAAAUUAUUAAAAUAGUCAUAAAUUAAAUAUGGUACUCCUGAGCUGCGUCUUGCCAUUUAUUACGGUUUACACCUUAUCCAAAAGUAUAUUGUAAUUAUAAGAAUGGUAUGGAAUUGUGUAUGCUCUUGAGGAAAAAGGUUAUACAUUUCUGCCGCUGAUAUGUCCCUCAGAAAAGAAGUAUUCCAGUCCAAGGUCCUGCAAAGACUGUACCCUGCUGCCCAGGAGCAGAGUAUACUUGCACCUGUGCCACCUGUAAAAAGACCUCAGUCAAUCCCACACAAGAAGUCAGGUAAUGAGGAGACUACAGCUGUACAAGGUAAAAAGCUCUACACUGUUCUUCCUCCUCCUGAAGGCUACCUCAUUAAUAGUGAGGAGGAUUUGGUCACACCAUCCAAUCCAGAUCCCACUGACUCAGAGGACAGCCCAGCCGAUGCUGAUGACCAUGAGUUAUAUAAAAAGAGGAAAAGGAGGAGAAAGAAAAAAGUGUUACCCAAUACCACAGAGGAAGUAUCCACCCCUGCAGCGGAGGGCGCUAUACUGGGCCAGACAGAUGCUGCACAUCCCAGUGAUGAAGGGGACACUGGAAGCUCAGUCAGCACAGAGCAGCUCAGCAAGAACAGAAAGAGGAAGAUGAAGAAAAAACGCCACAAAGAGAAAGUCCAAGCUCUUGGAUUGGUGCCUAGAGCAAGAGCUGUUGAAUUCACGUAUGCACAGAGAGGAGAUGGAAAUUCAGAGGAGGUGCUCGACUUCCUUCGUUCAACACAGGAGAUCUACCUCUCUGAUCUCAAAUACUCUGGGUCCGGUGUAGAAAGCGCCCCCUCUCUCUCCCUCGCUGCAGCAGAGGCUCUGUUCUCUCGUCUCUCAGGCAGGACGCUGCCCCCUGCUGAGAUCUCUAGGCUGUGUGGACUUAGGGCUGUACUGGUGAAGAAUGAAGGGCAGUUAAAAUCACAGCUGCAAGAAUUCAGACACACAAGCACAUUACCUGCAGAAGAGGUUUCAGUAGUCUGCACACUUAUUGAGUAUUGGCUGGCAGAGAUUCUGCCCAUGCAGAGACAGCCGAGGACAUGACGCCCCCAGAUUCAGCGCCUGAGAGGAAAAUGACUGAAUAACCAGCAGGUCCCUGAUUGUGAUAUCUCAUUAUAAAAAAAGAGAUCUUCAGUCAUGCUGUUUUAUAGUCAAGGAUUUCAAGAAAACCAGGAUCAAUCAGCUUCAGCAACUAUUUGAAUGAUGUACUUUAGUUUAUCUUGUCUUCACAUUAAUAAUUACUUACGAAAAAUAUUUUUUUUUUUUACACAUUCUCUGCUGCUCAUUCUUUCUUCGCAUGCCAUCAGUACACUCCCCGAGAAGUAUAUUACUGCACCACAAACAGUGUUGACCGUGACCGUGACUCUGGGUCAACGGUCUUCCUCAGCUCAUUAUGGGGAGUCUGUGGUUUAGCCUCUUAUCGGCUAAUUAUCUUAACAUCAGAACGUCAGCAGCUCCUCGCUGAUCUCACAGCUUGUUUGGAUCAUGACAUCUAAGCUUUAACAUCAUUUACCCAAACCAGUGCCUCAUUUGCAUUUUGUUUUUCUAUUCAAUUAGCUACUUUGGGUCAUCAAUGUGACAAUCCACUGUGACUAUCAGUGUGACUAGAAAAAUGUCUAUAAAGAUAUUUAUUAAAGUUUGAAUUCAAUUUGUGAAAGGAAAA